AUGACUAUGUACCUCGAUCGUCAAAUUAGCAAUAAUACUGUAACGAACAACAACAGUAAUGUUCAAAAUCAGCAGUAUAAUACAAACAAACAAAAAACAUUUCGUCAAAAUAAAGUCAGUAGGAGAGGUUAUAAUGUUCCGAACUUGGAUGGGUAUAGCAGUGACCAGCAAUUUCAAGGUCAAAAACAUAUGCCCCGGCCGCCUACUACCCUAAAUCGAUAUGAAUCUGAUAUAAACCUCGUUCGGAACAAAAAUCAACUCCAGACGACAGACGAUCAGUAUGAAGAUAUGUUCUCGAAUACUAUUGAAGGACAAACCCCUAUGUACUUUGAACAAAUUAAUCAGAGUUUAGCAAAAACGCCAAAGUAUCUGAAACCUGCUGUACUAGAGAAGAUUUUUGCCGAUUCAUCAGCUUCGACAAAAGUCCAUCUCUCUAGAUUAAUUGUACAUUUCGAUCGUUUAGCUAGAGCAAAUUUCCAACGAGUCCUAUUCGAACAAUAUAUGAAUUUUGCUAACGACAACGAAUGGUCAAUAACUGCUCGUGAAGUUUUGAACAAUACAAAAUCCCACGAUCCAGCAGUACAUAUCAAAUACAUCAAAAAGCAACUGGUUUAUUAUCAUAAAUUGAUAAGAAAAGAAGCCGACCAUAUUGACGCCAAUCACGACGCAUGCAGAGACGACAAAGGUGGAAUAUGGGACACUGAACAGAUACAAUCAUGGUCAGAGAUUAAAUCGGCACUACGAAUCAAGAAAUUCAUCGAGAUAAAAACAAUGGCUGCUCGAGGUCCGUUAAAUCUACCGCUACCGAUUUUAAACAGAUUUGAUACAGAAAUACCAAUAAUGUCAACAUUAGACAAAACCGUGAUAAAAAAACUCGAAGAUGAUUUCAAACAAAUCUGUACAGAAGCGAAAGAAAAAAUGCAUAACAAAAUCUACCGAAAGGUGAGUAUCGAACUCGAUUUUCUCGCCGUUAAACAAACAACAAUUCUGGCAAAAUUGCAAGACACGGCACCCACUAUGGAGAUACUUUUUAGAUCAUUCAUAAACGGAUAUCUUACAAGAGCAUCACUCUUCGCCGAGAAUAAAAUACAGAUUUUAAAAGAUGUUCGCGAAUCGAAAAUAGAAGAAGAAGAAUUGUUGGAUGUAUCAACAAUCCUCGUUCGAUUCGCACCUCCGAAUC